ACUGACACUACAACUACUGAAACUACAACAGCUCAGCCAACUCCAACAUCAACUGACACUACAACUACUGAAACCACAACAGUUCAGACAACUCCAACAUCAACUGACACCACAACUACUGAAACUACAACAGCUCAGCCAACUCCAACAUCAACUGACACUACAACUACUGAAACCACAACAGUUCAGACAACUCCAACAUCAACUGCCACUACAACUACUGAAACUACAACAGUUCAGCCAACUUCAACAUCAACUGACACUACAACUACUGAAACUACAACAGUUCAGCCAACUCCAACAUCAACUGACACUACAACUACUGAAACUACAACAGUUCAGCCAACUGCAACAUCAACUGACAGUACAACUACUGAAACCACAACAGCUCAGACAACUCAAACAUCAACUGACACUACAACUACUGAAACCACAACAGCUCAGCCAACUCAAACAUCAACUGACACUACAACUACUGAAACUACAACAGUUCAGCCAACUCCAACAUCAACUGACACUACAACUACUGAAACCACUACAGCUCAGACAACUCCAACAUCAACUGACACUACAACUACUGAAACCACAACAGCUCAGACAACUCCAACAUCGACUGACACUACAACUACUGAAACUACAACAGCUCAGCCAACUCCAACAUCAACUGACACUACAACUACUGAAACCACAACAGUUCAGACAACUCCAACAUCAACUGACACUACAACUACUGAAACCACUACAGCUCAGACAACUCCAACAUCAACUGACACUACAACUACUGAAACUACAACAGUUCAGCCAACUCCAACAUCAACUGACACUACAACUACUGAAACUACAACAGUUCAGACAACUCCAACAUCAACUGACACUACAACUACUGAAACCACAACAGCUCAGCCAACUGCAACAUCAACUGACACCACAACUACUGAAACUACAACAGCUCAGCCAACUCCAACAUCAACUGACACUACAACUACUGAAACCACAACAGCUCAGCCAACUCAAACAUCAACUGACACUACAACUACAGAAACCACAACAGCCCAGCCAACUCCAACAUCAACUGACACUACAACUACUGAAACCACAACAGCUCAGCCAACUGCAACAUCAACUGACACUACAACUACUGAAACUACAACAGCUCAGCCAACUCCAACAUCAACUGACACUACAACUACUGAAACCACAACAGCUCAGCCAACUCCAACAUCAACUGACACUACAACUACUGAAACCACAACAGCUCAGCCAACUCCAACAUCAACUGACACUACAACUACUGAAACUACAACAGCUCAGACAACUGCAACAACAACUGACACUACAACUACUGAAACCACAACAGCUCAGCCAACUCAAACAUCAACUGACACUACAACUACUGAAACCACAACAGCUCAGCCAACUCCAACAUCAACUGACACUACAACUACUGAAACCACAACAUCUCAGCCAACUGCAACAUCAACUGACACUACAACUACUGAAACCACAACAGCUCAGCCAACUCCAACAUCAACUGACACUACAACUACUGAAACCACAACAGCUCAGCCAACUCCAACAUCAACUGACACUACAACUACUGAAACCACAACAGCUCAGCCAACUCCAACAUCAACUGACAGUACAACUACUGAAACUACAACAGCUCAGCCAACUCCAACAUCAACUGACACUACAACUACUGAAACUACAACAGUUCAGCCAACUCCAACAUCAACUGACACUACAACUACUGAAACCACUACAGCUCAGACAACUCCAACAUCAACUGACACUACAACUACUGAAACCACUACAGCUCAGACAACUCCAACAUCAACUGACACUACAACUACUGAAACUACAACAGUUCAGCCAGCUCCAACAUCAACUGACACUACAACUACUGAACCCACAACAGCUCAACCAACUCCAACAUCAACUGACACUACAACUACUGAAACUACAACAGCUCAGACAACUGCAACAACAACUGACACUACAACUACUGAAACCACAACAGCUCAGCCAACUCAAACAUCAACUGACACUACAACUACUGAAACUACAACACCUACUCCAACAUCAAGUGACACUACAACUACUGAAACUACAACAGUUCAGCCAACUCCAACAUCAACUGACACUACAACUACUGAAACUACAACAGCUCAGCCAACUCCAACAUCAACUGACACUACAACUACUGAAACUACAACAGCUCAGCCAACUCCAACAUCAACUGACACUACAACUACUGAAACCACAACAGUUCAGACAACUCCAACAUCAACUGACACCACAACUACUGAAACUACAACAGCUCAGCCAACUCCAACAUCAACUGACACUACAACUACUGAAACCACAACAGUUCAGACAACUCCAACAUCAACUGCCACUACAACUACUGAAACUACAACAGUUCAGCCAACUUCAACAUCAACUGACACUACAACUACUGAAACUACAACAGUUCAGCCAACUCCAACAUCAACUGACACUACAACUACUGAAACUACAACAGUUCAGCCAACUGCAACAUCAACUGACAGUACAACUACUGAAACCACAACAGCUCAGACAACUCAAACAUCAACUGACACUACAACUACUGAAACCACAACAGCUCAGCCAACUCAAACAUCAACUGACACUACAACUACUGAAACUACAACAGUUCAGCCAACUCCAACAUCAACUGACACUACAACUACUGAAACCACUACAGCUCAGACAACUCCAACAUCAACUGACACUACAACUACUGAAACCACAACAGCUCAGACAACUCCAACAUCGACUGACACUACAACUACUGAAACUACAACAGCUCAGCCAACUCCAACAUCAACUGACACUACAACUACUGAAACCACAACAGUUCAGACAACUCCAACAUCAACUGACACUACAACUACUGAAACCACUACAGCUCAGACAACUCCAACAUCAACUGACACUACAACUACUGAAACUACAACAGUUCAGCCAACUCCAACAUCAACUGACACUACAACUACUGAAACUACAACAGUUCAGACAACUCCAACAUCAACUGACACUACAACUACUGAAACCACAACAGCUCAGCCAACUGCAACAUCAACUGACACCACAACUACUGAAACUACAACAGCUCAGCCAACUCCAACAUCAACUGACACUACAACUACUGAAACCACAACAGCUCAGCCAACUCAAACAUCAACUGACACUACAACUACAGAAACCACAACAGCCCAGCCAACUCCAACAUCAACUGACACUACAACUACUGAAACCACAACAGCUCAGCCAACUGCAACAUCAACUGACACUACAACUACUGAAACUACAACAGCUCAGCCAACUCCAACAUCAACUGACACUACAACUACUGAAACCACAACAGCUCAGCCAACUCCAACAUCAACUGACACUACAACUACUGAAACCACAACAGCUCAGCCAACUCCAACAUCAACUGACACUACAACUACUGAAACUACAACAGCUCAGACAACUGCAACAACAACUGACACUACAACUACUGAAACCACAACAGCUCAGCCAACUCAAACAUCAACUGACACUACAACUACUGAAACCACAACAGCUCAGCCAACUCCAACAUCAACUGACACUACAACUACUGAAACCACAACAUCUCAGCCAACUGCAACAUCAACUGACACUACAACUACUGAAACCACAACAGCUCAGCCAACUCCAACAUCAACUGACACUACAACUACUGAAACCACAACAGCUCAGCCAACUCCAACAUCAACUGACACUACAACUACUGAAACCACAACAGCUCAGCCAACUCCAACAUCAACUGACAGUACAACUACUGAAACUACAACAGCUCAGCCAACUCCAACAUCAACUGACACUACAACUACUGAAACUACAACAGUUCAGCCAACUCCAACAUCAACUGACACUACAACUACUGAAACCACUACAGCUCAGACAACUCCAACAUCAACUGACACUACAACUACUGAAACCACUACAGCUCAGACAACUCCAACAUCAACUGACACUACAACUACUGAAACUACAACAGUUCAGCCAGCUCCAACAUCAACUGACACUACAACUACUGAACCCACAACAGCUCAACCAACUCCAACAUCAACUGACACUACAACUACUGAAACUACAACAGCUCAGACAACUGCAACAACAACUGACACUACAACUACUGAAACCACAACAGCUCAGCCAACUCAAACAUCAACUGACACUACAACUACUGAAACUACAACAGUUCAUGACACUACAACUACUGAAACUACAACAGUUCAGACAACUCCAACAUCAACUGACACUACAACUACUGAAACCACAACAGCUCAGCCAACUGCAACAUCAACUGACACCACAACUACUGAAACUACAACAGCUCAGCCAACUCCAACAUCAACUGACACUACAACUACUGAAACUACAACAGCUCAGCCAACUCAAACAUCAACUGACACUACAACUACAGAAACCACAACAGCUCAGCCAACUCCAACAUCAACUGACACUACAACUACUGAAACUACAACAGCUCAGCCAACUCCAACAUCAACUGACACUACAACUACUGAAACCACAACAGCUCAGCCAACUCCAACAUCAACUGACACUACAACUACUGAAGCCACAACAGCUCAGCCAACUCAAACAUCAACUGACACUACAACUACUGAAACUACAACAGCUCAGCCAACUCCAACAUCAACUGACACUACAACUACUGGAAUUACAACAGCUCAGCCAACUCCAACAUCAACUGACACUACAACUACUGAAACCACAACAGCUCAGCCAACUCCAACAUCAACUGACACUACAACUACUGAAACUACAACAGCUCAGCCAACUCCAACAUCAACUGACACUACAACUACUGAAACUACAACAGCUCAGCCAACUCCAACAUCAACUGACACUACAACUACUGAAACCACAACAGCUCAGCCAACUCCAACAUCAACUGACACUACAACUACUGAAGCCACAACAGCUCAGCCAACUCAAACAUCAACUGACACUACAACUACUGAAACUACAACAGCUCAGCCAACUCCAACAUCAACUGACACUACAACUACUGGAAUUACAACAGCUCAGCCAACUCCAACAUCAACUGACACUACAACUACUGAAACCACAACAGCUCAGCCAACUCCAACAUCAACUGACACUACAACUACUGAAACUACAACAGCUCAGCCAACUGCAACAUCAACUGACACUACAACUACUGAAACCACAACAGCUCAGCCAACUCCAACAUCAACUGACACUACAACUACUGAAACUACAACAGCUCAGCCAACUGCAACAUCAACUGACACUACAACUACUGAAACCACAACAGCUCAGCCAACUCCAACAUCAACUGACACUACAACUACUGAAACCACAACAGCUCAGCCAACUCCAACAUCAACUGACACUACAACUACUGAAACUACAACAGUUCAGCCAACUCCAACAUCAACUGACACUACAACUACUGAAACUACAACAGUUCAGCCAACUCCAACAUCAACUGACACUACAACUACUGAAACUACAACAGCUCAACCAACUCCAACAUCAACUGACACUACAACUACUGAAACUACAACAGUUCAGACAACUCCAACAUCAACUGACACUACAACUACUGAAACUACAACAGCUCAACCAACUCAAACAUCAACUGACACUACAACUACUGAAACUACAACAGUUCAGACAACUCCAACAUCAACUGACACUACAACUACUGAAACUACAACAGUUCAGACAACUCCAACAUCAACUGACACUACAACUACUGAAACCACAACAGCUCAGCCAACUCAAACAUCAACUGACACUACAACUACUGAAACUACAACAGCUCAGCCAACUCAAACAUCAACUGACACUAUAACUACUGAAACUACAACAGCUCAGCCAACUCAAACAUCAACUGACACUACAACUACUGAAACUACAACAGCUCAGCCAACUCAAACAUCAACUGACACUACAACUACUGAAACCACAACAGCUCAGCCAACUCAAACAUCAACUGACACUACAACUACUGAAACUACAACAGUUCAGCCAACUCCAACAUCAACUGACACUACAACUACUGAAACCACAACAGCUCAGCCAACUCCAACAUCAACUGACACUACAACUACUGAAACUACAACAGCUCAGACAACUCCAACACCAACUGACACUACAACUUCUGAAACUACAACAGCUCAGCCAACUCUAACAUCAACUGACACUACAACUACUGAAACCACAACAGCUCAGCCAACUCCAACAUCAACUGACACUACAACUACUGAAACUACAACAGCUGAGCCAACUCCAACAUCAACUGACACUACAACUACUGAAACUACCACAGCUCAGCCAACUCAAACAUCAACUGACACUACAACUACUGAAACUACAACAGCUCAGCCAACUCAA